AUUGAAACCAUGGCUGUAUGGAUACAGGCCCAGCAGCUCCAAGGUGAUGCUCUUCAUCAGAUGCAAGCAUUAUAUGGCCAGCAUUUCCCCAUCGAGGUGCGACAUUAUUUAUCCCAGUGGAUUGAAAGCCAAGCUUGGGACUCAAUAGAUCUUGAUAAUCCACAGGAGAACAUUAAGGCCACCCAGCUCCUGGAGGGCCUGGUGCAGGAGCUGCAGAAGAAGGCGGAGCACCAAGUCGGGGAGGAUGGGUUCUUACUGAAGAUCAAGCUGGGGCACUAUGCUACGCAGCUCCAGAACACGUACGACCGCUGUCCCAUGGAGCUGGUCCGCUGCAUCCGACAUAUUCUGUACAAUGAACAGAGGCUGGUACGAGAAGCCAACAAUGGUACUUCCCCAGUUGGAAGUCUUGCUGACACCAUGUCCCAGAAACACCUCCAGAUCAACCAGACGUUUGAGGAGCUGCGGCUGGUCACACAGGACACAGAGAAUGAACUGAAGAAGCUACAGCAGACCCAGGAGUACUUCAUCAUCCAGUAUCAGGAGAGCCUGCGGAUCCAGGCUCAGUUUGCCGGGCUGGCCCAGCUGAGUCCGCAGGAGCGUCUGAGCCGGGAGACAGCCCUCCAGCAGAAGCAGGUGUCCCUGGAGGCCUGGCUGCAGCAUGAGGCCCAGACGCUGCAGCAGUACCGCGUGGAGCUGGCCGAGAAGCACCAGAAGACCCUGCAGCUGCUGCGGAAGCAGCAGACCAUCAUUCUGGACGAUGAGCUGAUCCAGUGGAAGCGGCGGCAACAGCUGGCAGGGAACGGAGGGCCCCCCGAGGGCAGCCUGGACGUGCUGCAGUCCUGGUGUGAGAAGUUGGCCGAGAUCAUCUGGCAGAACCGGCAGCAGAUCCGCAGGGCUGAGCACCUCUGCCAGCAGCUGCCCAUCCCCGGCCCAGUGGAGGAGAUGCUGGCUGAGGUCAACGCCACCAUCACAGACAUCAUCUCAGCCCUGGUGACCAGCACGUUCAUCAUUGAGAAGCAGCCCCCUCAGGUCCUAAAGACCCAGACCAAGUUUGCAGCGACGGUGCGCCUGCUGGUGGGCGGGAAGCUGAACGUGCACAUGAACCCCCCGCAGGUGAAGGCCACCAUCAUCAGCGAGCAGCAGGCCAAGUCGCUGCUCAAGAAUGAGAACACCCGCAAUGACUACAGUGGCGAGAUCCUGAACAACUGCUGUGUGAUGGAGUAUCACCAGGCCACCGGCACCCUCAGCGCGCACUUCAGGAACAUGUCCCUGAAACGAAUUAAGAGGUCUGACCGUCGUGGAGCAGAGUCAGUAACAGAAGAAAAAUUUACAAUCCUGUUUGAAUCACAGUUCAGUGUUGGUGGAAAUGAGCUGGUUUUUCAAGUCAAGACCCUGUCCCUCCCAGUGGUGGUGAUCGUCCAUGGCAGCCAGGACAACAAUGCGACGGCUACCGUCCUCUGGGACAAUGCUUUUGCAGAGCCUGGCAGGGUGCCAUUCGCCGUGCCCGACAAAGUGCUGUGGCCGCAGCUGUGUGAGGCGCUCAACAUGAAAUUCAAGGCCGAAGUGCAGAGCAACCGCGGCCUGACCAAGGAGAACCUUGUGUUCCUGGCCCAGAAACUGUUCAACGGCAGCAGCAGCCACCUUGAAGACUAUAAUGGCAUGUCCGUGUCCUGGUCCCAGUUCAACAGGGAGAAUUUACCAGGACGAAAUUACACAUUCUGGCAGUGGUUCGACGGUGUGAUGGAAGUAUUAAAAAAACAUCUCAAGCCUCAUUGGAAUGAUGGGGCUAUUUUGGGUUUCGUGAACAAGCAACAGGCCCAUGACCUACUCAUUAACAAGCCUGAUGGGACCUUCCUGCUGAGAUUCAGCGACUCUGAAAUUGGUGGCAUCACCAUUGCUUGGAAGUUUGAUUCUCAGGAAAGGAUGUUUUGGAACCUGAUGCCUUUUACCACCAGAGACUUCUCCAUCCGGUCCCUGGCCGACCGCUUGGGGGACCUGAAUUACCUCAUCUACGUGUUUCCUGAUCGGCCAAAAGAUGAAGUGUACUCCAGAUACUACACACCAGUUCCAUGCGAGCCUGCCACUGCUAAAGCAGUAGAUGGAUACGUGAAGCCACAGAUCAAGCAAGUGGUCCCUGAGUUUGUGAAUGCGUCUGCAGACUCUGCCGGGGCCAGUGCCACCUACAUGGACCAGGCCCCCUCCCCAGCCGUGUGCCCCCCGGCUCAUUAUAACAUGUACCCCCAGAACCCUGACCCUGUUCUUGACAAUGACGGGGACUUUGAUCUGGAUGACACAAUGGAUGUGGCACGGCGUGUGGAGGAGCUCUUAGGCCGACCUAUGGACAGUCAGUGGAUCCCUCAUGCGCAGUCGUGACCCCCCCACCCCAUCUCCGUCUGCAGCUUCUUCGUCCUCGCCAGAGGAGUUACUCUUGUGGAUGUUUUAAUUCCAUGAAUCGCUUCUCUUUGGAAACAAUACUCAUAAUGUGAAGUGUUAAUACUA